CCAGUCAGGCCGGGCACCAGCGCGUACCUACGCCAUGCAUGGGCGCACAGAUCCUAGCCCCGAUGUUAUCUUGGGUACGUUCGUACUAUUUGAUUCGGUUAUGCAUGCCUUGAUCGAUCCGGGUUCUACGCUCUCCUAUAUCUGUGUUGGCAUGCCUGCUAAUUCUGCGAUUGUGAGGAGUGACCUUGAGAUACCUACCAUUGUAUCGAAUCCGCUAGGACAUAGCAUGCGUCUUCAUCACGUUUAUCAUAGAUGUCCGUUGUCUGUGCAAGGGAAGCAAUUCCCUGCAGAUUUGAUAGAGCUACCACACAAGGAGUUUGACGUUAUCCUUGGUAUGGAUUGGCUCACCGAGCAUAGAGCAGUGGUCGACUACAGUUGUCGGACCGUACGGCUGAGAGCCGAGGACGGUAGCGACGUAUCUCUCUCCAGGGAAGUGUUCCCCAAGACUCCCGAGUUCAUAUCGUCCUUGAGCGCGAGGCGCUUGAUUCGCAAGAAGUGCGAGAUGUUCCUGUGUCACGUUCAGGAUAUGCGAAAAGAAUUGCCACGUCAACAGGACAUCCGUACAGUUUGCGACUUCCCCGAUGUCUUUCCCGAAGACCUACCUGGUUUGCCUCCGCCGAGAGAGGUAGAGUUCUCGAUCAAUCUCAUUCCGGGUACGGAAUCCAUAUCUGCUACACCGUAUCGUAUAGCACCUGCCGAGAUGAAGGAGUUGAAGGCUCAGUUGCAAGAGCUACUGGAAAAGGGAUUCUGUCACACCCCAACCCGCGUGACCCGAAUACAAUGACUAGCGGAUCGGGUUGCUACUAGAUUGGCAUUCAGACACAAUAAUUUUCAAAACAAUUUAAAAACAUUUAAUUCAAAACGAUAUUUAAAUAUCCAUCGGAGUUCACAAAACGGUGCGGAAGUCUUUAAGUAUUUAAUCAAAAUACAACUUUGGG